AGAAUUGAGUUUUCUCUGCAACAUUUUAAAGAAAGAUGGCAGAUGAUUUGAAGAGAUAUCUUUACAAACAGUUGCCUAGUGUUGAGGGCCUUCAUGCCAUUGUGGUAUCUGACAGAGAUGGAGUACCUGUGAUUAAAGUUGCUAAUGAUAACGCACCCGAACAUGCACUGAGACCUGGAUUCCUUUCCACUUUUGCUCUGGCAACAGAUCAAGGAAGCAAACUGGGACUUUCAAAGAACAAGAGCAUCAUUUGUUAUUACAAUACUUACCAGGUUGUGCAGUUUAAUCGGUUGCCCUUGGUUGUUAGCUUCAUAGCCAACAGCAAUGCUAACACAGGAUUGAUUGUCAGUCUGGAGAAAGAGCUCGCACCAUUGUUUGAAGAGCUUCGUCAGGCAGUGGAGGUUUCAUGAAGAGCCAAAGCCAACGAAUAGAACAUCUCAAAGAUUGUGAACUUACUGACACAGCAUGCAGUUCCCAGGAUUUCAAGUAUUUCUCUUAAAGGCAGAGUCUAAAACAUCCGAGAAUUGGAUCACAAAUGACUAAGCUGUUGCUCUGCUUGACACCUUACUGCCACUAAUGUGGUGUUUAUUAAUGAAAAAUUAGUAUUUCUGGUAUCCUGAACUCAUGGGCUGUAAUUGGUUUAUUUUCAAGGCAGAAGGAAGAGGAGAAUCCUAUAAGUGGCUUUAAAUUACAUUCUUUGUCUGGUUUUAAUGCGCAAGCUGAAGAUCUUGUUACUAAAGUGAUGCACAGCUGCAAAAACUGUAGGUGUUAAAAUUCACUCAUGCAUGUUUUGACAUCUUGCUUGUAUAUGAAGAACCAGGAAGUGAUGAUCAUUGACCGAGUGCAAUACAGUAUGGAAUAAAACAUGAGUUCUUAAAGCUGU